AUGUCUGAUACGACAGUCAUUAUAAUUAGCGCUUUGUUAUUGAUAUCGUGGGCCACGUGGUGUCAAGCACAACAAUGUGAUCCUAAUAUGUCUCACAGUACACAUCCUAUGCCAAAUAAAAAUCCUUUAAUGUUUUAUAUAUGCGUAAAUACGGAUACUCCUUUUGUUAUAAAAUGUCCAAAAGAUUCUGGUUUUGUAUCCACAGCUACUGUUCAUGGUUGCAUAAGUUUUAAGGACUGGCCUAAUGCUCCAAAAGAUAGAAUACCAAGCUGCUCAUUGGGUAAUCAUCAACGUCUUUAUAGGCAUAUAAAUCCAUCAUUAUAUUUUGCAUGUAAGGAUGUCGAUAUGCCUAUUCUUUUAAAAUGUAAUGAUGGACAAGGUUUCACAUACACACAUAACAGAGUGGGAUGCGUUGAUUGGGUUAAUUGGAAAUUGGAAGAUCAAGUAAAUGAUGAAUAA